AUGACACUUUUAACAUUUACUGCUACUGUCCCUGGAUUAAAGCCUCCAUGUGAUUCUAAUGGUUGCCAUCCAACAUUAGGACAAACUGCAGGUUGCUUUGUGGGACUCUACUUGAUUGCUCUUGGAACUGGAGGUAUCAAACCGUGUGUGUCAUCUUUUGGUGCUGACCAAUUUGACGAAAACGAUGAGACUGAGAGGAAAAAGAAGAGCUCGUUCUUCAAUUGGUUUUAUUUCGCCAUUAAUAUUGGUUCUCUCAUUGCUUCCUCAGUGUUGGUUUGGAUUCAGAUGAAUGUGGGUUGGGGAUGGGGAUUUGGAGUACCUGCUGUGGCAAUGAUCAUUGCAAUUAUAUUUUUCUUCAUUGGGAGUAAAUGGUACAGACUUCAAGUACCUGGAGGGAGUACCAUUACAAGAAUUUGUCAGGUUAUCGUGGCAGCAUGCAGAAAAUCUGGGCUCCAAGUGCCUGAUAACAAGACUCUUCUUUAUGAGACUGAAGAUGUAGAGUCGAACAUCAAAGGGAGCCGCAAACUUGAACACACAGAAAAGUUGAAGUUUUUGGACAAGGCAGCUAUAGAGAAAGAAUCUGAUCACAUAGGAGAAUCCUCAAAUUCUUGGAGGUUGUGCACAGUGACACAAGUUGAAGAGCUGAAAUCCUUAAUUCAUUUGCUUCCAGUUUGGGCAUCCCUGAUAGUCUUUGCAACAGUGUACAGUCAAAUGAGCACAAUGUUUGUGUUACAAGGCAACACAAUGGACCAAUACAUUGGCCCUCACUUCAAAAUCCCCUCAGCAUCCCUCUCUCUCUUUGACACUCUCAGUGUCAUCUUCUGGGCCCCAGUGUACGACCGAGCCAUUGUGCCCUUAGCAAGAAAGUUCAGUGGCCAUGAACAAGGCUUCACACAGCUCCAACGCAUAGGCAUAGGCCUUGUCAUCUCCAUCUUCUCCAUGGUUGUUGCUGGCAUUCUAGAGGUUGUUCGCCUUGGUAUGGUCAGAAGAAACAACCUCUAUGAUUCUGGCACCGUUCCCAUCUCAAUCUUCUGGCAAGUGCCCCAGUAUUUCCUUGUAGGAGCUGCAGAAGUUUUCACCAACAUUGGUCAAAUGGAGUUCUUUUAUGGACAGGCCCCUGAUGCUAUGAGAAGCUUGUGUUCAGCUCUUCAACUCACCACUAUUGCAUUGGGAAACUAUGUCAGCACUUUGCUUGUUUUAAUUGUAACAAAAAUCACCACAAGCCAUGGAAGCAUUGGAUGGAUCCCAGAUAAUCUGAAUAGGGGUCAUCUUGAUUACUUCUACUGGCUUCUCACUGUUCUUAGCUUGAUCAACUUCUUUGUGUAUCUGUGGAUUGCCAAGAGGUAUAGGUACAAAAAGGCUACACCAAAUACUCGUUAA